AUGAAUAGACACCAAUUAAAUGAAGAAAUAGUGGAUACAUUAAGUAGAUUAACAAAUAUUGGUUAUGGUAGUAAUGAUGAUCUUAUUGAUGAUUUAAUUGAUUUAACUAAAGAUGGUGUUUCUGAAAAAACAAUAAUGGUUAUUUUAGAUUUAAUAUUUGAUACUACUUCUUCUUCAAUUAAACUUGAAGAUAAAAUAAAUUUAUUAGAAAAUUGUUUAAAACCAAAUGAAAAUUUAUCAAGUGAUGUGUUUUUCAAAGUUAACAGUACAAUUGGAAUUUCUCAAAUAUAUUAUAAAAAUAAUCAAAAAUUCCAAAAUAAAAAAUUACCACAACAAUUUCAAUUACAAGUAUUAGAUUGGGUCAUUGACAAUUUUGACUUUUUUAAACCUUCAAUUAUAAAAUCCGGAUCUUUUGCAUUAACUAUUUUAAUUAAACAUUUAUCAUUUGAAUUUGCAAGAUUUCAAAUUUCCAAAAUAAUAAUAUUAACAUUAAGCGAUAAUGACAAAAUCAUAACUAGUUUCAGAAAUAAAGAAGUUUUUUAUAAGAUUGAGAUUUUACAAUCAUGGCACAUAAAACAAGUAGUUGAAUUGUUUAUAAAAUUUCCAUUAGAUAUUUAUCUACGAGAAUUAUUGUCAUUUUUCAAAUUUAUAAAACCAGAAUUAGAUUACAUAAUUUAUUCAAAAGAGUAUUAUAAAACUUUGAAUAGACUUGGUAAUGGUUUGAAACAUGUGUAUGGAUGGGAUGAUGAGUUUCAAAAUGAUCGUAUAAAGAGAUCGCGACCGAAUAGGGUCACUUCUCGAGAUCUAGGCAAUACAAGUGAUGGCUCUUUAUUAAUUCAAAACUUAGUGAACCGAUCUCGAUCUGAUAAAUUAAAUCCAUAUUUGGUAUUUAGAAGUAGUUUAAAAGAUGUAAAGAAAACAAAAGUUUUAAUAUUAUUGAUAUUAUCGAAUGCAAAUUUUAAAGCAAAAUUAAAUAAAUAUAUUGAAGUUAAUUUGGAAAAUUCAAGUAUCAACGAACCUGAUGAAACUGAAAAAUUUACUAACCAAUUAGAGUAUUUGCUUGAAGUCAGUGACGGGACAAUUAAAUUACCCCUGGUCAAUAAUUUCGUAAUAAAAACAAGCCACAAUCCGUUGACUCUCAACUAUUUUGAUGAUUUAUCAAAUAGGUCAAAACUUUUGAAAUUUAUAGGGAAUUUUGAUGAGGAAUCUUUAAUGAAUAUGCUUGAUUACGAUAUAUCUAAUAUCAAACAAAUUUAUUUAAGCACUCAAAAUAUAAAUGAAAAAGCAUGUAAAUUAUAUGUGGAAAACUUUUUGGAAUUUUUAUCAAAUAACGAAGAUAUUAAACUAGUAAAUAUGGUACUACCGAAACUUUGUGAAUUUAUCAAUUAUUGUACAUUAUGUCAAGACUACUUAUUCAACAAGGUAAUUUCAUACAUACAGAGUUUGGACGAUGAACUUAUAAAUGAAUUGAAUGAUGAGACUAUAAUAUCACAGAAACCGCUAAUUUACGCAUCGUUGUUAAGUGCCAACCUAGUUUACUUAAAUGACAUUUGUCAGUACAUCACAAUUGGUAAAAAUCACAAAUUUAUUAACAGCGAAAUCAAACUAGUCCAGAACUCUUAUAUAAUGGACGCUGUUAAUUCGUUGUGGAGAAAUAAAUUUUUAAAUGUUGAUACUAGUAAUUCAAAUUCGCCACAUAAAGCAUUUUAUUUAAAUGCCGAUUUUUUAAAUCAAGUUAAAUCCAUUUACAUAUUUGAUAAUAAUGAGUAUUUAAACUUUGAAAAAUUGGGAGAAGUUUUCAUCAAUCCAUCCUUGUCAUGUUUAUCAACUAAGUUGAUUAGAAAAUUUGAAGAUGCAAAAAUUGCAACCAUAACUAUGAGACUUGAAGGUCCACCAUCAAAAGCAAAAAUUGAAUCCAUAUUUAAUAAUAAAGAUGAUUCAGAAGUCAAAUGGUUAAAUUUAAACUAUGAUGGUUUAAAAUUAAAGGUUUUACAAGAGAUCGAUCUAUUUGGUUUUCAUGGUUUAGGAAAUUUACUUUUCACAUCACUUAAAACAUUAUCAGGCAAAAGAGUAGUUGGUGGAGAUCAGCAAGUAAAGAAGAUUCAAAACAUGCUUCGGUCAAAUAAAUAG